AUGGCGACCACAGCUACAGAGACAAAGAAGACAUCUACUAAUGGAGAAGAACAACAAUCUCAGAAUCUCCGACAUCAAGAAGUCGGUCACAAGAGUCUCUUACAAAGCGACGAGCUUUACCAGUAUAUACUGGAGACAAGUGUGUAUCCAAGAGAACCAGAAUCAAUGAAAGAACUCAGAGAAGUCACUGCAAAACACCCUUGGAACAUAAUGACAACAUCAGCUGAUGAAGGACAGUUUCUGAACAUGUUAAUCAAGCUUGUUAAUGCUAAGAACACAAUGGAGAUCGGAGUUUACACUGGUUACUCUCUUCUCGCUACCGCUCUUGCUCUCCCUGAAGACGGCAAAAUUCUUGCUAUGGACGUUAACAGAGAGAACUACGAAUUGGGUUUACCGAUCAUCGAAAAAGCCGGUGUUGCUCACAAGAUCGAUUUCAGGGAAGGCCCUGCUCUUCCUGUUCUUGAUGAACUCGUUGCUGACGAGAAGAACCAUGGAACAUAUGAUUUUAUAUUCGUUGAUGCUGAUAAAGACAACUACAUCAACUACCACAAACGAUUGAUUGAUCUAGUGAAGAUUGGAGGAGUGAUCGGCUACGACAACACUCUGUGGAACGGAUCAGUCGUGGCACCACCAGAUGCACCGAUGAGAAAAUACGUUCGUUAUUACAGAGAUUUUGUGAUUGAGCUUAACAAAGCUCUUGCUGCUGACCCUCGGAUUGAGAUCUGUAUGCUUCCUGUUGGUGAUGGAAUCACUAUCUGCCGUCGGAUCAAUUGA